AUGCCUGCCAACCUCACAGAGGGCAGCCCCAAUCCCAACGCAAACAUGCAGACAGUGGAUUAUUCCCCAGCCACCUGCACCGACACAGUGACUUUCACCGAAGUGGUGGAAGGUGAGGACUGGGGCUCCUUCUACUACUCCUUUAAGACUGAGCAGUUGAUAACGCUGUGGGUCCUCUUUGUUUUCACCAUUGUUGGAAACUCCAUCGUGCUGUUCUCCACAUGGAGAAGGAAGCAGAAGUCGAGAAUGACCUUCUUUGUGACCCAGCUGGCCAUUACAGAUUCUUUCACAGGACUGGUCAGCAUCCUGACAGACAUUAUUUGGCGAUUCACCGGAGACUUCCUGGCGCCCGACCCGGUUUGCCGUGUGGUCCGCUAUCUGCAGGUUGUGCUGCUCUACGCCUCCACUUAUGUCCUGGUUUCCCUCAGCAUAGACAGAUACCAUGCCAUCGUCUACCCCAUGAAGUUCCUGCAAGGAGAAAAGCAAGCCAAAGUCCUCAUCGUGAUUGCCUGGAGCCUCUCAUUCCUGUUCUCCAUUCCCACCCUGAUCAUAUUUGGGAAAAGGAAGCUUUCCAAUGGGGAAGUGCAGUGCUGGGCCCUGUGGCCUGACGAUUCCUACUGGACCCCUUACAUGACCAUCGUGGCCUUCCUGGUGUACUUCAUCCCUCUGACCAUCAUCAGCAUCAUCUAUGGCAUUGUCAUCCGAACUAUUUGGAUUAAAAGCAAAGCCCAUGAUACGGUGAUAUCCAACUGUUUAGAUGGAAAAUUGUGUACCAGCUACAAUCGAGGGCUCAUCUCAAAGGCAAAAAUCAAGGCCAUCAAGUACAGCAUCGUCAUCGUCCUCGCCUUCACCUGCUGUUGGAGCCCGUACUUCCUUUUUGAUAUCUUGGACAAUUUCGGCCUCCUUCCAGAUACCAAUGAGCGCUUCUAUGCCUCUGUGAUCAUUCAGAACCUACCAGCCUUGAACAGUGCCAUCAACCCCCUCAUCUACUGUGUCUUCAACAAGUCCCUCUGUUUCCCCAGCAGGGAGCCAAGAUCACGGGAUUCCAGAAUGACCUACCGAGAGAGAACGGAGAGGCAUGAGAUGCAGGUUCUGUCCAAACCAGCAUUUAUCUAG